GUAACGCUCGAAUCCGUCCCCCGUUUCGGUUUUUCUCCUCGUGAACACCAAGGCGAGACUUCAAGAUGGGUAUUUCAAGAUCUUCUCGGCACAAGCGCUCGGAAACCGGUGCCCAGCGCGCCCACUACCGCAAAAAGAGAAAGUUCGAGUUGGGUCGUCAGCCGGCCAACACCAAGCUUGGUGCCAAGCGUGUGCACACCGUCCGUGUGCGUGGUGGUAACCUCAAGUACCGUGCCCUUCGUCUGGAGAGCGGAAACUUCGCCUGGGGCUCGGAGCACGUCACCCGCAAGACCAGGAUUAUUGGCGUCGUUUACAAUGCAUCCAACAACGAGCUUGUCCGCACGAACACCCUCGUGAAGAGCGCUAUCAUCCAGGUCGAUGCUACCCCCUUCCGCCAGUGGUACGAAUCCCACUACGCCCAGCCCGUCACCAAGAAGGGCAAAUCCUCCGCCCCAGCCGCCGACGCCGCCGAACCCGUGAAGCUUUCGAACCAUGCGCAGCGUGAUUUGGAUGCCAAGAAGAAAGAGGCCAAGAUUGACCACCUGUUGGACAGCCAAUUUGCCGCUGGUCGCUUGUACGCCGUCAUCUCCAGCCGCCCUGGUCAGUCUGGACGUGCAGAUGGUUACAUUCUUGAGGGCAAGGAGCUCGAGUUCUACCUGAGGAAACUGCGGACUGGGAAGCAGAAGCACGCCGCUUAAGGCAUUCUUUGGUUCACCACCCAAAAAUACUUAGGAUUCUCCUUAUGUAUGACCCUCAUGCUAGUUCCUUUGCCAAUCCAUGCAUCCAUGAUACUCCAAGGAUCCUCCUAGUGCCAUGCGACAAUUGGAUGUAGCUGACAUUCUAAACUUCGUGUAUUUGUCUGUACGUCAGAACGCGCCUUCCACGCCCAGUGAAUGCCAUGAACUAUCGCUACUUAUGUAUAUGUACGGGAACACUGACUGUUCGUACCAGCUUGACGCGAUCCACGUGACUGACUCUCUUCCUCUCGUUCGCGCGCUCAUCUUCAAUGCUCAUUUUCUCUGUUUUCAAAACCCUCACAGAUCAGCAAGUCACUGUCGAGCUGAAGAAUGACCUCUCCAUCACUGGUGUCUUAAAAUCUGUGGACCAGUUCCUUAACAUCCGAUUAGACAAUAUCAAAGUCCUGGAUGAAGCUCGCCACCCGCACAUGAUGGCGGUCAAGAACUGCUUCAUCCGGGGCUCGGUAGUGCGCUACGUGCAACUCCCAUCCGAGCAUGUCGAUACACAACUGCUGGAGGAUGCUACGCGGAGAGAAUCCACGGCGGUGAAGCGAUGAAGAGAUCCGGGAGUGUUGGACCACUACCCUUCUCUCAUGCGAAUGAGGUGCCAGUGUUAUGUACUAUCUGGCCUCGCAAGUAUCCGAUGUAACAUGAUGUAUUAAUCCGCUAUUCGUUUUCUACUUGUCG